AUGAAAAGGAAGCACACUUUAUUUCUUAGAAAAGUAGUUGGAGAAUAAAGUUAAAUGAGUUGGCCUUUUGCUGAUUAAGACUUACAUUCUAGUAACAUUUUCCAAAGUAAAAGAGCAGUCAUCAAUUAGCUUAGAGUCCUGAUUAUCAAAUUUUGGAUUUUAGCCAUAAGAAUUCAACAAAUGAAAUCUUAUCUCGAUCAAUAGUUGGCAAAGUGGAUAUAUUCAAUAAACAAGCACAUGAGCUUGAAAAACCUCUUCGUUUUAGUUAACCUGUAAAGUUGUCUAAUUUGUAAAAGAAGAUAAAAAGAAGUUAUAUAAUAUGGUUAUUCUUUUAGCCAAUACUAAUGAACCAUCAAGUCUAAAUUCAUCCUAUAGAAGCAAAAAAAAUAUUAAGAAUUAAUAGCAAAUAAUACAAAAAGCUGGAGAUUCCAAUUUUGAAGUACUUGAUAAAUAUGAGUUAAUAUAAACUAUGGAAAAAAUACAGAAAAUAAUCAAAAAUAAUGAAAAGUAAGCGCAAGAUCAACUUUAGAAAAUUUCAGUAACUGAAAAGAUAUUGAAAACUCAACAUGAAAGAGCAUUAAGUAAACAUGAGAAACAAAUGUAAGUGUGGAAUGAGUUAUCUACAAAAAUCAGUUUUCGAAUGAAAAAUAAUUCAACCACCUUAAUAGAAAGAUAGGCUUGUAUUUCUUAUAAAAUAAUGUUAGAGUUUAGAUCUCGUUUGGACUCUCUAGAUAUGUUAGAAGAAUUAAAACCAGAAGAAUCAAAAAAUCCAGUGAUAACUUGGCAUCAAAGAUUAAGAUCUCAAUAUAAGCCUUAAGUAAUGUAUUUAGUUAUGACAAAGAAAAUUAUUCAAAAAGAAGAAUAAGAAAGACUGUAGCUAAAAUAAGAUUUAUUAAAAGAAAUACCAAACAGAGAAUUAUUAGAAAUACCUAAUCCUUAGAAAGUAAUUUCGGAUAUCAAAAAUAAAUAAGGUUAUGACAAAGGUCGCUCUGUAUCUGAUUAUAAUGGAUUAAAAGUAAAAUUGUUUGAAAAAAUUAGUUAGUGGGUUUGAGUGUCUAUGACUAAGAACUAAACUCUUUGAAGAUGGAUAAAUCUCAAAUAUAAUAGUAGUAUUACUAUUAUAAGGCUCCAAAAGAAAUCUAAAUUGAAGGUUCAAACUUUUGA